GGGACGGGCGGCAGCAGUAGCAGCGGCGGCACCAGCGCAAGCACCAGCGUCAGGCGCAGGAUGGGGCUGGAGCUGUACCUGGACCUGCUCUCGCAGCCCUGCCGAGCGCUCUACAUCUUCGCCCGCAGCAACAACAUCCCCUUCGAGUUCAAGCAGGUGGAGCUGAUGAAGGGGGAGCACAAGACAGAGGAGUUCCAGAAGGUGAACCUGCUGAUGAAGGUGCCUGCCAUGAGGGAUGGUUCUUUCACCUUAGCAGAGAGCAUCGCAAUCCUCCUGUACAUGGUCCGGAAAUUCAAGACUCCUGAUCACUGGUACCCAUCUGACCUGCAGAAAAGGGCUAGGGUUGAUGAGUACCUGUCAUGGCAGCACGUCAACAUCCGUGGGAAGGGGAGCAAGCUGUUCUUAAUGAAGGUGCUGCUGCCCCUCCUCACAGGCCAGCCCCUUCCUCCAGAGAAACUGGAAGGUGCCACUGAGGAGCUGAACGUUGUCCUGAAGCAGUUUGAGGACAAGUUCUUGCAGGACAAGCCCUUCAUCGCAGGCAGCGAGAUCUCCCUGGCGGACCUCGUAGCACUGGUGGAGCUCAUGCAGCCCGUGUGUGCUGGCUACGACCUCUUUGAGGAGAGGCCGAAGUUGGCAGCGUGGCGCAGGCGGGUGGAAGAGGCGGUGGGGAAGCAGCUCUUCCAGGAAGCACACGAAGGGAUCUUGAACGCCAAGAACUUGACCGCUGAUAAGAUUGCACCUGAACUGAUGGAGAAUUUCAAGCAGCAGCUCCUAAAGCAGGCAGCCUGAAUCGGGGGGUUAUGCUCUCAGUAAACCGGAUUGUUCAGUGCAGACUUAGUGUAGUGUUUCAGCAUUUCUAAACAAUCCUACAGAAACACCAUUCACACAAUGCAUUCCAGUCACAGCCUUCCUGCAGCUUCAAAGAGCUCAGGCUGCAGCGAGCUUUCUCCUCUUGACCGCUGCGGGCUUUUCUUUCAGGCUCCAGCACCACUGGAUCUGCUUGAGGACAGAGGCGAUUCAGUCUGCUGGGAGCUGGGGCCAGUCAGAACUGCCCUUUCCAUUCCUGCUUUGAGUUUUCCAGGCCACAGCACCAUAGAAAGGGCAAAGGUUUCCUGGGGCUAUGGCAGAACAGAUCUGUCUGAAACAAGAAAAAUAACCAUAGAAAAUGGCUUUCACUUUGCCACACGCUCAGCUGCAAGAUGUUUGCUCUUUUAAAGAGGCAGGUCAGGACCUGACCUUUGAUGGGGACCCUGCCAGAGGUCCUGGAGCCACCAGAGAUUGCUGUGUCACCCAUGGCAGCAAAGGGACUCAGCACCUCAGCUGUGCAGGUACCCAAGUGAGGCCUCCAGCUUCCGGGAAUGAUGGGGUUAGACCUGUAAAUAGAGGUGCUUAACCACAGACUCCUGCAGUACCUUACAAAGAGCAGCCUGCACAGCUGAGAGAAGCUGCUGCCGAGCACAGUCUCCCUCUGCAAACCAUAUCAAGUGCUCUGUCCUUUCCCCACAGCGGCGUUGUCAUCCCGAUAGAUGCCAUCUAAGCCAGGCUCUCUCCACUGAUGAGCGCUGCCGAGGCUGUGCCAGCACUGGUGGCAGAGGGAGCUGUGCUGGCCAGCCCCAGGGUGAGCAGGGUGCCCAGUACAGGAGCUGAGUUACUCUCCUGUCAAGUCAGAUUCUCAGUGAAGUUGAUGGUUACACUCUCCACACAUUGUAGCUGGAUUGUGAUCAGGAAUGGGGAGGAAGCAUCCACUGAGUCAUCCUCCACACCUGGGCAGCCUCUCGCCCUUGUGUGUCCCUUUGUACCCUUCUGCCUUCCUGUCCUGCUGUCCCUGUGACCUUCCAUUUCCAGGUACAAGCCAUGAGGGUUCCAGCUUGCAGAGUUGGGGUUGGUUUUCCUCCUUGUUAAGCACUGGUUGUCCCUGGAAUUCCCUUUGUCUCUGCUGGCUGGUUACACCAUCCACAGAGGUGGCUGCACAGUACGCUGGGUGCGAGAUGUCAGUCAUCUUAAUGCAAGCCUGUGUGGCUGCUUUAGCAGCUGUAGGCAGGCAUUACAAGCUGGGGCUCAUGGUGCCUGUUUACGUUGUACUUUCAACCACCGCUUCCUCUGUAACUGCAGCUUACCGCAGUCCCCAGCUGGGCUGCUGCACCACUGGAAUCGCAGCGGUCCUUCCUCUCUGCCUCAGCCAAGCUGCCGAGCCCUGCUGCACUCUGCCCUUGGCACAUCUGUGCUUUGCCGAACCAGAUUCCUGACCUCCAGCUCUUCCCAUUCUUGUUGAGAGCAAACUUCCUGCCAGCAGAAUGAAUGCCUCGUACAGCUGUGCGAGUAGAAGCAGAGAAAUAAUCUGAGCCCAAUUCACUGAGUGCCCAUCUUGGCAAACCUCAAACUGGCCUUGGUAGCAGGGCCUUUCUCGAUACACAUCUCCCUCCAGAAUCUUGAGAGAGCUGCUGUGCGUGCAAAAGCACUGCAUGAGCCAAAGCACAUAAAAUGCCUUUUUUCUUCUCUAUGAUCCCUGUAGCACAGGAGCUCCAUGUAAGAGAAGGCUGAGCCAAUUUUCUGCUUGAUUAAUAAGGCACAAACUCUUUAAACAUCACCCACUGUCUGCUCCUGCAAGGACAGCUGCCAUGAACACCAAGCUGGAACCACAUUCUGAACUCACUGUCUGGUGCUUCUCUGCUGGCAGUGUCCCAGAGGAUGAACACACCUCGCUCCAGCGCGGUCAUGGUGACAGGAGGAGAUUUUAAACUGCUUUUCCCCUAGUGUUCCCCGUCUGCUCCAAGCCCACCUGAGCUGUAGGUUCACCAUCCUGAUGAAGCUGUGUGCGGUGACUGGUGCCAUUCUGGGCCCUGCUGUGCACGCAGAACAAAGCAUCCCCAGAUUAACUCUGUGGAUGACAAUAGAAUUGUACACAAAUCUGCCUUGCUGCCUUUUUCACCCUAAAUCAUGAAGCUAAAGCAUCUUAUCCUUGUCCUUUUCCUUUUGCCAACCCUCCAUCUCCUUCACUGUAUUCAUUUGUGCCAUUUGAUCUUGGCUGUUUCCAGCUCCCAUAGACCGGAAGCCCCAAGAGCUCCCUGCCAAACCCCAAUGAGCUGUGCAAGAGGUUUGCCUUGCCUCAGUGCAAUGUUUGUUUGGUGUCCACUCCCUUUCACUUGAGUAUGGAGAGUCACCUGCUUAAUGUGCUGUUCUGAUUCAAGUGCUUCAGUUCUGGGCAGGAGCUCUUUGGAAAUAGGUGAGAGUCUGCGCUUCCUAGAAUAAAAUGAAGCUGGGAUACACAAAAUGGGAGGAAUGUUUAAAAAAACAGCUAUGAAGUCUGUGACCUUUUCUAAAUGAUUAAAAUAAACUGCAAAACUUA